UCAGGCUACCAGAUUCCCUGCGCCUAGCAUUACUAUCAAAGGUUUCAGAGACCAUCGGAAUAAGACCUUAGUUCAAGGCUAACUAUUGCAAUCUCUUUGCAGCUAAUGCGGACUGUUCUGUAUGAUAUGUGAAAUAAAGAAAUGGAUGUACGGAUAAUAGAGAAAAAGACCCUCACCGAGGUGGAUCUUACAGCUACCACAUCUUAAUGGAAACUCCAAAGCCAUGGUUGCAUGCACUCUGCCUUAAACUGUUAGGAGGAGCGCACAGUAUGCUAACCUUGGGAUAUUUCGGUGGAAAGUGAAAUGCUGUUAACUGCAAGGUGACUGCUUUUUUGUCUCAGAAGGGAUGCUGGAACCCAGCAUAACAGCUCUAUCAGCUGCUGUCUCGCCGCAGACCGGAGGAUACACACAGGAAAAUCUGUUGCUAUAAAAGAAAGAAAGGAACAAAAGUGGUCGUGGAGCCCUCGCCCGACUCCCUAGUGCAGUCACAAAAAUAUACAGCCCUCCUAUCAGUGUAGCUUUGCUAAGUGGAUGUGUAUGCAUGAGUUCUGCACCGAAUGGGCGAAAAAAUCGCCCCAGGUCUGCUGGAUCUAUCUUCCAAAUCAGCAAACCCCCCUACAGAGACUCGGAGCGCAGGGGGAGCUCAGAGAGCACCCACAACACCCAGAGAGCCGUGGAGGACUGCAAGAUGCUUGUCCAGGAGUUCAAUACCCAAGUGGCCCUUUACCGUGAAUUAGUCAUUUCCAUAGGAGAUGUGUCGGUGAAUUGUCCAUCCCUGCGGGCUGAAAUGCAUAAGACCAGGACCAAAGGCUGCGAGAUGGCCCAUCAGGCACACCAAAAAUUGUCGGCUAUCUCUGGCCCAGAAGAUGGGGAAAUUCAUCCUGAAAUAUGUAGACUUUACAUCCAGCUACAAUGCUGCCUAGAAAUGUAUGCUACCGAAAUGCUGAAAUCUAUUUGUUUACUAGGAUCCCUUCAGCUUCAUCGAAAAGGAAAGGAACCAUUUACGGUCCCCAAGACAGACUGCAGGAUAGAGGAAAGUUCAGAUAGCCCAAUAUUAGAAGAUGCAUCCUCUUCACCUAAAGACCUCCAGCAUCAUGCCUGGCAAAUUUCCACAGAUAUUGAAAACACAGAAAGAGACAUGCGAGACAUGAAAAAUCUUCUAAGCAAACUCAGGGAGACUAUGCCUUUACCACUAAAGAACCAAGAUGACAGCAGCCUGCUAAAUCUGGCCCCAUACCCACUAGUCAGAAGAAGGAAGAGGAGAUUCUUUGGAUUGUGCUGCCUUGUUUCAAGCUGAAGAAAUGAACUCUAGAGAAUAAACACAAUCAAACAAUCAUAAAUCUAGUUACUACUGUGGUUAUACUUAAAUGUGGUCAUACUUCAAAGUGGGUCCCUUUCUAAAUUUGUUAUAAAGACUAUACAUGUCAUUUUGCAUUUUAAUGAAAUAUUCCCUUCUCUGUUUUUUCCCAAAGUGUCUGAAAAUGAUGGCUGUUACUAAAAUGUAUUAAGACAAAUAUGUCUGAUUUUAAUUAGAGUACUUCUUCCUUUUUUGUAAAAGGUAAGAUAUUGCAUGUUAUUUUUUGACAUAUCCAACAAUUAAGGUUGCCUUUUCUGCCCACUCAGAAGUAUUUUCUUUCUGGUUAUGUGGGAUUUACUUAACUAGUACUAUGCGUGCAGUGUUAAAACGUUCCAUUUCAUACCUGUAUCAUACUUAAAGCACAUAUUUAGUAUAUAAUAUAGUCAUAACAUGAAGGUAUAAAUAACAUAAAACAUAGCAUAAUGCCUUUUAAAUAAAUAAAUACAUAGCACAGUUAAAAAGCCAUGCACAUUAUUCAUAAUUAUUUACUUUUUUCAGACUAUAUAUAUUAAUUUUUAGUCUUCCAUAUAACUUUAUCUUGAGUUUCCAUUGAGAACAAACGUGUUUUUACACAUAUACAAAGAAGCUCAAAGUUUGUAAAUAUUAUAUAUGAAUAAAAUAUAAAAUAUUCAAGUUAGUUUUAAAAUGCUGGAAUAUCCCUUUUAACAUUCCUUAGAAAAUUAUGUUCAUUUAAGAGAGAAAUGUAAAACAAAGCUCUACAGAUGUGAGACAGAAAAUUACCACAUUCUGUUCGGUUAGAAAUUCAAAGCAUGGUACCUGCACAUUUACAUAGUUUUAAAUCUUCUAGGGCAUGUUGGAAUUAGAUCAGGCUGUAAACAGAUAAAAUGUUUUACAUUGUUAAUAAAAUUUUUUAGUUAAAUCGAAAA